AUGGAACAACAACCAGUGGCAAAACAGAUCAAGAAGAACAAUGGUCCUAGACGUAGACCCAAGAAGAGUGGAGAGGCAAAGAAGGCUAAUAGAAAUGAUCAAAGCGAUUCCGGCAAGAAGAAACCUGGAGUGAAGGACAAUAACAGGAGAUCUAGGAACAAGAAAAAUGAUAAAGGCAAGGAUUUUAAGGUGAUUCAAGAUGAUACCACUAAGCAGAAUAAUAAGGUGCGGGAUGAACAAGUAUCAGAAUGCGAACACCUGUUGAACAAAUCUCAUGGUUUCAAGUUGUUUCGCAAAGGUGAUUUUAUCAACACAUACAGCUUCACAUUCCAUGAUCCAUCCCGAACAAGGAGCAAAGACAGUAACAUAAGGGUCAGAGUACAGGUGCCGCAUGACUAUCCAAGAAAUGGAUUGACGCUCAACAUUGAGUCGAAGUCAAGAGAUACUGAAGUGUUACAGACGAUAUGCAAAAAUUUCAAAAUAUCUUCUAGAAAUUUAACAAGGCAAGCUGUACCGAUUGUAUCACAGUUGAACAUGCUAGUGAAUUCAUUUGAUGAGUACACGGUAUCAAAUUACGCUGCAUUCGAAGAUAUGAAGUCACAAUGGUUUAAAUCUUUUGAACAAAGGGAUCAAUUGGAAGUAGUACCAGCUCUGCCGAAAGCUGAUGUAUCAGUGGCAUGA